AUGCAGCGUUUGUACAGUCUAGUGGGGAAAGCCCGUGGACGGCUUGGGUGUGCCCCAUCGGUCCGUCGUCGUGCCCAGAAGGUGGAUCCGGCGGUACGGGUCGCCGUGGCGACGGAGAUGGGGGACGCGGACGGCACGGCGGAGCUGGCGGCUCUGAGGGAGGAAUUGACGCAAGCGCAGGCUCUGUACGAGGCGUCGCACGCUCAAGAAAUCUUUCUCGGACAGCGGACGCGACAGUAUCGAAUCGCGCUGGAUGAACGGGCCCGAAUGCUCAAGACGGAGCGACGGGAGUCUAGUCUGGAGGAUCCGGAAGCAGGCCAACAAGAGCUCCCACGCGACUGGGACCGGCGUAUGGAAGCGUGGGAGAGGGACGAAGAUACCCUGCAGACGGUAAUUGAGCAACACAAGGAGAUUGUUGCCAAUUGUGAAACAAUUCGCCGGAGAAUCGAAGAACUCACGGUACGGCAGGAAACGCUGUUGGCAAUUCAAAGACAAAGCGAUGCUUUUUGUGAGGCAGCGCAGCAGGAGCGGAUUGCGGAUCGUGAGCACGAUGCUCUGCUGUUAGAAGGCGUUGAUGCGGCACCAGAUGAAGUAUCACAGGAUUGUCGCAUCGAAGAAGGAGAGCUUCCAUCUAGCACCGAAACGUCACCCUCUCCUUCUGGAGAGGAGUAUCGAGGGCUCAUUGCCAAAGAUAUGUCGGAUACAGCAUCAAUCACACCAGCGGAGCAGCAACAAAAUAUAUCUAUACAAGUGGUCUGAGUUAUUCAAUGACGCUAGUCAAGUAACGCGGUGGUUUGUGCAAUA